AUGUCCUUCUCCUUCGACUGUCAGAUAUGUGGUGUGGACAUGGCUACUGCCCGGAUUCGCACGCCAGAUGAGCCACCGAGCGCAGCUUGGAACUACCAAGGAGCCAAUUAUGUAGGCUUCUUCGAUGAACCUUGGGACGAGGAUUUUCAAGACCAAGAAUGCCAAGACUGCACCACCGCAGAUAGAACUCCGGCCGAUCCUCAGACACUUGAGUUCGAACCCCUCCCUCUUUGGCCAAAAUGCGAUGAAGACGACCCCGACUGGCUUCCGGAUAGUCAACUCCAUAGUGACGACGAGCCCCUGGAGUACGAUGCAGGUUUAGAAUCCGAAGACUCUAACAAUGGGCCGCCAAGAAGCUCUGACGACGAAUCUUGCCGCGACGACAACGAUGGCGAUGGUCAGGGUGGCAGCUAUGACGAGACGUCGAAGCAAUACAACGUCUCGGAUCUAUUUCCAGAAAAGCGAUUGCUUUUCCCUCGCCGCUCUAUAUCCAAGAUCCCGCCAGAGCAUAUUGCCUCAGCGACAUGUCGGAGCUUACGAGGUAUCAAUGGACAUGUGCUAAGCCUAGCGCAAAUGAAGAAUUGCCGCAACGUCCGGCUUUUGAUACCAAAACCGUCAAAUUGGAUGACAGACGUAAGCGAGCAGCUCCUCGAAGAAAGCAGUCUGUUCUAUCUGUCAGGAGAGUCAAAUGGCUCAAACUUGGGCGUGGACGGAAAUUUUCAGCCCUGGCGGUCGUUCUAUCCGCCACGCCACGGGUUGCAUGAAUUGAGGACCAAUUGGGAGAUGAUCAGCGAGGGCUGCGAUAGGCAGGAAUAUGACGUAUUGCGGCCACUGGCAGUUCACUCUUACUGCCUCGACAUGUACGCAAAAGCAUCAUACCAUCGGCUGGGCCGUGUUGAUUUGGAUGGGCUAUGGUAUUGGCGUGAGAUAGAGACCACCCCAGACUCUUACGGAAUGGGGGAUAGAGUCCCGUUACGGCGGCCGGAAGUGGAACGAGCCCGUAAACGUUGGGACUGUCCCUGGCACCAUCUCCCCGGCGACGAAUGGCUUGCAGCAAAUCCUGUUGAGAUCCCAGGCAUCUACCGGGUACUGGAGACUUGCAUGAACCGUGCAAACAAGGGUCAAGCUCAACUACAGAAAGCGAAGCUCCUCGCUCUCCCUACUGAGGUCAUUCAUCAUAUACUUUCGUUCCUUGACUUACCUGACCUCGACACCCUGGUAAGGGCGUGUCGGAGGCUCUACGACCUUUCGCAGCCAAUUUUCAAGGCAUGCGUGUUUAGGGAUAUGCACUGGCUGUGGGAGAUUUGUGAAGGCAGCGAAUAUCCCACGUCGCCUGAUCGGCCAGCGACAUGGGAUCCUCUUUGCCCACCUGGCUUACUACCCCUGAGCUUCCGUUCGGCCUUGAAAGCAAAGAAGACGAAGACAAGCUCUGGGCAGAAAUUAUCGAGGAGGAUCCAGAGAUGGAGGAGGCUGGGAAUGCCGUCAAAGCGAUCAACAGCCUGCGCCGGGACGAAAAUUUUCGGACCAUAUCGUGUCAAACAGGAAUCGUCGCUUCACGAGUGGCACACCUUUCGUACCUCUGUAGAAGCGUGGAUCCAGCUUGCACAGGGCAGAGCUGGGCCUAGCAUAGACGGAGCUGACUGGAGGCGUAUGUGGUGGCUUUUCAACCCGGCAACAACUUCCUUGCCCGGUAUACGCAACCGCGCGCGGAUAUGGAAUCACUGUGAGCAGAUUCUUGAUUGUGUUGCCUUGGCGCACAAAUUGGGUGAGAUCGACAACAAGCAGCAUGAUUUGCACGAAAAACUGUCGGACCCUUCGCAACCGGUCAUGACGACGAAUAUUUACGAUGUUGAUUGGUACUAA